CUGGCUUAAUACCUCAACCACUUGAAGCAAUCUCUGAAUUUAAAAAAUCAUUAGUAUUUUUAAUUCAAGACAAAUUAAAAAAUGGGUGUCAGCAACGAAAACAACAUGUAAAUGCACCAUGCUUGGAGA